AUGGCGGUGAGCAACAACAUCACGGCGUGCGUGACGCUCCUAGCGCUAAUCUGCGCUGUCCCCGUCAUCGCCUCAGGGAUCUGGUUCGCGUCAGCACAGGGCGAGGAGUGCGCGCGGCUAGCGCGGUGGCCCGUGGCGAUCCUAGGCGGGCUGCUCCUCCUGGCCGCGCUCGCGGGCUUCGUGGGCGCGUACUGGAACCGGCGCCGGCUGCUGGCGUUCUACCUCUUCGCGAUGGCGUCGCUGGUCGUGCUGCUCAUCGCGCUGCUCGUCUUCGCCUUCGCCGUCACGCGCGGGUCCGGGGCGUACCCGGUGCUGGGGCGCGCCUACGACGACUACCACCUCGACGGGUUCUCCAUGUGGCUCAGAGGGUAUGUGUCUGAUGACCCUGGAAGGUGGGAGAAGAUCAGGGCGUGCCUCGCUGUCUCUGAUACUUGUAAGAAGCUCGCGAGACAGGCCGCGUUCACUAGCGCCGAGCAGUUCUAUCAGUCGCGCCUCUCCCCGCUCCAGUCUGGGUGCUGCAAGCCGCCGUCGGUGUGCGGGUUCAGCUACGUGAGCCCGACGGUGUGGACGGCCCCGGCGCGGCCGGCGGCGGACCCGGACUGCGGGCUGUGGAGCAACGACCCGGGGCAGCUGUGCUACGAGUGCGAGUCCUGCAAGGCGGGCCUCCUGGAGGCGCUCCGGGACCAGUGGCACAAGGCCAACAUCGCGCUCGUCGUCGCCACCGUCGCGCUCGUCAUCCUCUACCUCGUCGGCUGCAGCGCAUACAAGAACGCGCAGGCCGCCGCCAUCUUCGGCCGCUACAAGUACUAG